AUGGGCAAGGGCGGCGAGCGUCCCCCGCAGAAGGACGAGAUGGUCGCGUCGGAGUUCGCGUGGAGCGAGGUCACGAAGCACCGCUCGCCCGAGGACGGCUGGCUCAUGAUCAACAACAAGAUCUACGACGUGUCCGGCUGGCACGACCACCCCGGCGGCGACGUCAUCUUCACGUCCGCGGGCGACGACGCGACGGACACGUUCGCGCUGUUCCACGCGGCGGGCACGUCGAAGCACCUCGCGCCGUUCCUCAUCGGCAAGCUCAAGGAGGAGGACCGCAAGAAGUGGAGCGACGAGCGCCCCAAGGGCGAGGAGCAGCUCGAGUUCGAGAAGGGCUACCGCCGGCUCCGCCUCGAGAUGAAGAACCAGGGCCUCUUCAAGUCGAACUUCCUCUUCUACGUCUACAAGAUGGGCUCGACGUUCCUCCUCGCCGUCCUCGCCGCCUUCCUCGUCGGCGCCUUCUCGGAGAACACGGCGGCGCACUUCGCCGUGCGCACCGCGGGCGCGGUCCUCCUCGGCAUCUUCUUCCAGCAGUGCGGCUGGCUCUGCCACGAGGUCUGCCACCACCAGGUCUUCCAGGACCGCACGCUCGGCCGCUUCAUCGGCUACGUCUGGGGCAACCUGGCCCAGGGCUUCUCCGUGGGCUGGUGGAUGAACAAGCACAACACGCACCACAGCGUGCCGAACGUCCACGGCGACCACGACGGCGCGCAGAACGGCGACCCGGACAUCGACACCAUGCCGCUGCUGGCCUGGUCGCGGUCCAUGCUCAAGAAGGCGACGACGCCCAUGGCCCAGUGGUGCGUCAAGCACCAGGCCUUCACCUACUUCCCCCUGCUGUCCGUCGCGCGGCUCUCGUGGCUCCAGCAGUCCAUCGAGUACGCCUUCAAGCCCAACAAGUACUCGGGCCGCUACAUCGCCGGCACGGACAAGCUCAAGCCCCUGCCCUACGAGAACGUCGAGCGCGCGUCGCUCGUCGCGCACUACGCGUGGUACUUCGCCAUCGCCUUCAGUUGCCCGUCCGUCUUCGACGCGGUCUGGUUCGUCGCCGUCUCCAACGUCUCCUGCGGCCUGUCCCUCGCGCUCGUCUUCGGCCUCGGCCACAACGGCAUGGCCGUCUACGACGCCGCGCACCGCCCGGACUACUGGAAGCUCCAGGUGACGACGACGCGCAACGUGAAGCAGGACCGCUUCGGCUUCGUCCACUGGUUCUGCGGCGGCCUCGACUACCAGGUCGAGCACCACCUCUUCCCCACCGUGCCCCGCCACAACCUCGCGGCGACGAACAAGCUCGUCCAGAAGUUCUGCAAGGAGUACGGCGUCACCUACCACGAGACGACCAUCUGGGACGGCACCGUCGAGGUCCUCAACCACCUCCAGAAGAUCGCCACGGAGCUCCACGAGGAGUUCCCCGCGAUGUAG